AUGUGCUUACCUAAAACACGGGCAUCACUGUCUGCAUCCGCACUCGAGCUGGGCGGCAUCUCAGGCUGUUCGCCGAGGAAACUCUCGGCUGCUGGCAAGAUGCUAUUUGGAGUAGAGGUCUGGACGAACGUCAAAUUGCCGCAAACUGGCGAUGAGCCUCAAUCAUGUAAUGGGUCUUUGGCUAGGCAUCUCACAGCCGAUGGUCACGCUGCAGCGCUCCAACAGCUGAUACAAAUAUUCAUGUCAAGCUUGGUCCGGCCAGCAUGCACGCCAGCUAUAGGAAGGGGCGCGAAGCAGCCUCAAGGCUUCGGUUGCGCUAGUCAAGGUGUAGUGGACGUCUACCACCUGGCUGCACUUGACGCCUCUCUAUUUUUCCACUAUGAGAAGCUUGAUCUCGCAGAGAUUGGGCCGGCGGUGUUUUGCGCGCUGCUCGCGCUCAUCAUGGUGACGAUUAGGAAGGUCAGAUCCCUUGGCGGACUGAGCGAGAGGACAAGGCUGCUAUGCCGAGGGCGCAGACGCAGGAGCGAGAGCCAGGAGCACCCGGUCAAAUUUGACUACCCCACGAUCCAGCCUUUCAAGAGUGAUAAUAUGACGCUAAAGCUGGUCUACAGUGUCACGAUCGGCAUCAGGAGCAUGAAUGGACAGAGGCAUAUGCGCUUGUUUUCACGUGGUGGCCACGUCGAUCUGAAGUCUCGCGUUCAAUACGAUCAGAUUGACAGGACCUUCUUCGAUUACCACACGGUUGUAGAACAUCGGCUGCCGAUCAGGGGGGUCGUGGCGAUCGUCAACCCCACGCGGCCUGGCAUCCAUUGGCUCUCCCACUCUGAUUCUUGA